ACUGGCCACGAGUGGAUGGAUCCCAAACGGUGAUCGCUUGGGCGACAUUCUGUUACAGACGCAGCUAGAGCGCGCUCAAUCUUUCUACGCUCGCUACUGAAAUAUUUCGAACUUCACUUUUUCGCGCCAAAUAUCUCGCGCAAGUUUCUCCGCGUUAAUUUCUGUUAUUUAUUUUUUUCAUUACAGUGAACUUUUUAAAGACAAAUGAACAAAAGUAUUUUGUGAUGCGCGGUUAUAUUGUGUUUUUAUCAGUUUGUUUUUUUAUAUUUUUACCACAAUCGACAGAGGCGAUUCGAUGGCUAGCUUUGCACGAAAAGGAAGGCAACUGGACGGAAAGUGAUUGUGGCGAGGCGCGUCGUAGCGGUGCGUUAUGGGGUGGGCAGAGCCGUGUGUGUCGCCGCCAAGUGUCCGCGAUGCCGCACGUCGCGGCAGCAGCGCGACUCGCCCGUGCCGCCUGCCUCAACGCACAUGCUGGCGACAGGUGGAACUGUUCCUCUAUUGAACUUGCACCCAAGUUCACGCCCGACUUGCUUACAGGCACUCGAGAGCAAGCGUACGUGUACGCGAUGUCGGCGGCGGCGCUGGCGUGGUCCGUGGCGAGGGCGUGCGCUGCGGGCGCGCUGCCGGCCUGCUCGUGUGCGGCACCGCCCCGGGCGCCGCCCCGCCCGCCGCGCCAGGCUCAGGUUACACCAGCCGAACCACAUGCACGAUUCAAGUGGGGAGGAUGCGGUGAUAAUUUCCAGUGGGCUCAAAGGUUUGCUAAACAAUUCUUAGACGCACACGAGAUAGACGUACGAGAUGGAAGGAUAGAAGACUUUUUUGAAGAGGAGACCACGACUACAGAACUCAGUACAACAGUUACUAUGGAACCGACAACGGUGCCACCGGUGGUGAUAUUGGUGGAUGAUCAACCAGCGCCAACCAACACCACAUCACGUCCAAAGACAGGGAAGAAGGGACGCCGUGGUCGCAAACGGUUGCCGAGGUCACCUCGACGUGGCAGACCUACAAGGAAACGAUUUAGAUCAAGAUACGAAUAUGAAGACAGAGGAUCUCGAUACCGCAACAUUGAAUACCGCAUGGCUGCGGACGAUCCACGUUUCGAUCCUCAAGUGGAUCUACGCACACGUCUCGAACGCUUGCGUCCAUUGAUAGCUUCCGCCAAUCUUCUCAACUACCGUUUCGGACGAAACGUGGUGUCGAGCGGUAUGCGCACCAAGUGCACGUGCCACGGCGUGUCCGGCUCGUGCUCGGUGCGCACGUGCUGGCGCGCGCUGCCGCCGCUGGCGCGGGCGGCGGCCGCGCUGGCGGCCGAGGCGGCGCGCGCCGGCCCGCUGCGCCCGCGCCGCCGCGCCGCGCGACGCGCUCGCCCGCGUCUACGCUACGUCACGCCCAGCCCCGACUACUGCGAGCCCGACCCGGCAGCCGGCUCGCUCGGCACUCACGGCAGAAAAUGUAACGCAUCUGUGGGGAGCGGACGAGGUGGGUGCGGGCGGCUGUGCUGCGGGCGCGGGAGGCGCGCAGUACGCUCGAGCCGCCUCGAGCGCUGCCACUGCCGCUACCACUGGUGCUGCCGCGUCGACUGCCAACUGUGCCGGCUCACCACUGAAGAGCACUACUGCAACUGAGUCGCAAGUGUGACUUGCACAAAGAUUCAUGUUACGACUGCGUUCACGUUUAUGUAAACAAGUUUUUGCAGAAAUCUAAAUUUGUAAAAGUAUCCGCUAGACGCGCUGCAAGUUUUCAAAUUAUUAAUGUAAACAGUAACGCACUACUAUAAAUCUGUGUUCAAAUUCACACUAAGGACUCCGAUGCCCAGCACUCAACGGACGCCGUUACGACCGAAAACUACGUAGUUAUUUUCGAUCUCUGAAUUUUGUAUAAAAUAUUUAGAUGGAAAUUAAAAAUGGGCAACUAGAAAAAAUAUGAUUCCUGUGACGCGUUCUUCAUAACAUUACUAGUAAAUUAGAUCUUGUAAUUAAUAUUUCUAUAACUUACUUAUACAAGCAUAGACAUGCACAGCCGGAACAACCCUGGAUAUACUUUUUGUCAAUAUACCAUAAAAACCUAGUAUACUUAUAUAGGGCUGGAGAUAUCAAUUAUCCUAUUAUUGAAAAGUCGUUCAAAUUUAAUGAAUUUUAUGGUUUUGACUUGGCAUAUCCACUGUAUAAGUAUUAUUAUACCGUUUUUUUAUUUCAUAUAUCUUUGUUGUUUUACGAUGAAACUGUUAAUAUACCAACAAUAAACACCAUCAAUAUAAUCAACUAUAUAACAUAAAAUUUAUUUGCAAAUCGCCUUUGAACAUCUGAAAUCAAAGGGCUGUGUCCUUAACCUCAAUGGAUCGUUCAUAACAAAAGUCAUUCGUCUGUGCGUAUCCUAAGCCUACUAUGCAUGCAGAGCAAAUUAUUGUACUAUAACUGUGAAUAUGAUGAGCCUGCGAGUGUUGAUUACUUCUCUUUGAUAGAGGCUACUUAGGUAUUCACAUAAAAACCAAAGAACUACUUAAAUAUACCACUAUUCCAAUAAAUACUAUAUUAAUACUCUAAUACCUAGUCAUUCUAAUGUUUAACGCUUUACUAUGUAAAAAUCAAUUGUUGUUCUAAAAUAUUAGCGUUAGUUUAGUAUAUAGUUAUAUAAAUAGAUUAGUAAGGCUGGCACUCAGUAACGACGUGCCGUCAGAACAAAUUGCAGUACUUAGAAUGCUGAUUACCUAUAUAUUUGUAGAUUCAUUUUGACACAUAUCGAAAUUUUAAUAUAUAUGUUUAUAAUGUAUAGUGUAUCUCGACAAUAAUGUGUUGUAAUAGAAAUACCGUCUCAGCAUGGCGCUAUAAAUAUAGCUCCGCACAAACUUUACAAAUAAUAAUCGAUGUCAUUAAGAUUUUGUAUAUAGUUUUAAUAAAUAUAGUGAUAGACUAAUGUUGCUAAUAUCUCUGUCGUAGAGCGUAAUUUACACUAG